CGUUUAUAGCUCCGCGCUGGCCGGCCCGUGGCGGCUGCAGUGUUCGGGGUCGCGAUGUCAGGGCAGCAGGAGCGUGCAGAGCAGCAGCGAGAGGAAUGGAGCGCGUCGGCCUCGCCGCCCUCCCGCUUCGUGCUGGGGCUGGACGUGGGCAGCACGGUGAUCCGCUGCCACGUCUAUGACCAGACGGCGCGAGUGCGAGGCUCCAGCGCGCAGAAGGUGACUAGGCGCGGCGGGUGGGUCUCGGGCUCUGACUGCACCCUCUGGUUUUUGUUUGUGUUUGUAAUCUUAGACAGCCAGGGUGCUGCAGGAGUGCAGAUGAAUCAAAUUGUCGGUCUUGGCAUAUCAACACAGAGAGCCACUUUCAUUACAUGGAACAAGAAAACAGGCCAUCAUUUUCACAACUUCAUUAGCUGGCAAGACCUAAGGGCAGCUGAACUUGUAAAGUCCUGGAAUAAUUCUCUCAUAAUGAAGGUAUUGCAUGGGGCCACCCGAGUCCUUCAUUUCUUCAGUAGAAGUAAAGUAAUGUUAACGGUCAGCCGCUUCAAUUUCAGCACCCAGCAUGCUACCUUAAGAUUGACCUGGAUUUUACAAAACCUGUCUGAGGUAAGAGAAGGCUUUUAUCCACUAAUUGGAUGGAAGAUUGGGCAAGAACUUGUAUGUUUAGCUGAAGGCAAUGCAGGAGACACGGGCACCGCCAUAAUGUGGGCUCAAAAAUUAGAUCUCUUCACAGACGCUGCUGAGACUGAAAAAAUGGCCCUGAGCCUGGAAGAUUCUGAAGGGGUUUACUUUGUUCCGUCUUUUAGUGGAUUGCAGGCUCCAUUAAAUGACCCCUGUGCCUGUGCCUCUUUUAUGGGUUUGAAGCAUUCCACUAAUAAAUACCAUCUCGUCCGAGCAAUAUUGGAGUCAAUAGCUUUCAGGAACAAACAGUUGUACGACAUGCUGCAGAGAGAAAUCCAGAUUCCCGUCACGAACAUCCGGUAG